CUGAGCCAUUUUUCUUGUUAGCUGGUCCCAAUGUGAUUGAAUCUGAAGAUCACAUUUUAAGGAUGGCUCACCACAUCAAGACUAUCACUACCAAGCUUGGGUUGCCCUUGGUUUUCAAAUCAAGCUUUGAUAAAGCUAACCGAACAUCCUCCAAAUCAUUUCGGGGUCCGGGAAUGACUGAAGGCUUGAAGAUCCUUGAGAAAGUUAAAGUAGCAUAUGACAUUCCCAUAGUAACUGAUGUCCAUGAAACUAUUCAGUGUGAACCGGUUGGAAGAGUUGCUGAUAUUAUUCAGAUUCCAGCAUUUUUAUGUCGCCAGACAGAUCUUCUAGUUGCUGCAGCCAAGACUGGAAGAAUUAUCAAUAUCAAGAAAGGCCAGUUCUGUGCUCCUUCUGUGAGUCAUGGAAAUUCUGCUGAGAAGAUUAGAUUGGCCGGGAAUCCAAAUGUGAUGGUUUGUGAGAGAGGCACCAUGUUUGGCUAUAAUGAUUUGAUUGUUGAUCCACGUAAUUUGGAGUGGAUGAGGGAAGCAAAUUGUCCUGUUGUUGCCGAUGUCACACAUUCCUUGCAACAGCCAGCUGGAAGAAAGUUGGAUGGUGGAGGCGUGGCCAGUGGAGGCCUUCGUGAGCUGAUACCAUGCAUCGCAAGGACUGCAGUUGCUGUUGGAGUGGAUGGAAUUUUCAUGGAGGUGCAUGAUAAUCCUCUGAAUGGUCUGGUUGAUGGUCCAACUCAAUGGCCACUGCGCCAUUUGGAGGAACUUCUGGAAGAGCUAAUUGCAAUAGCUAGGGUAAGCAAAGGGAAGCAACACUUCAACAUUGAUCUCACACCAUAUUGUGAUUAGGAAGAUGUCAAGAGUUCUGUAAGUGAGUAGCAGGCCACAACACUCAAUUUUGGAGAUUGAAAAAGGUAAGGAAAAUACUAUUUGCGUGUCCUAAUCUUUUUUCCCUAAGUGAUGCAAAUCUACUUAUUUUCUUUCCUUCCUACAAUUCUUAAUCUUUUUCUUUCAUUCUUUUUUU